AUGAUACCACUGAUAGUUCUGGGUAUAUUUGGCAAUGUUAAUAUCAUUGUUGCUACGAUAUUUCAUCGAAACCUGCAUAACCAGAAUGCCAUUCUGAUUGGUAUUAUCGCCUUUUUUGAUCUGAUUUCAUGUCUAAUGGAAGGAAUGGAUGCUGCACUCAUUUUGACACACCACUCCAGAAUGCCUCGAAAAAAGUGCUUUCACUUAAUUAUAAUAUAUCUCUUUGUGUUCAAUUGUGAACUCAUCAUCCUCCUGUAUAUUGCAUUCAAUCGCUUUGUCGCAGUAUGCUGGCCUUUCCGAUAUCAAGCACUGCACAGUAAAUAUUAUGUGAUUGGAGUCUUGUUUUUAGCAAGUGUAUUUUCAAUUCCGUUCAUUAUAAUCAAUGCGUUUUUGAUGGAUGCAGAGGCAGUAAAUCCAUGCGAUCCGCCAUUAGCACUUGUACCAAGGCUUAGUUUCGCAUGGACAAGCACUUGUACUGUAUUGCAGCUGCUCAUUUUGAUACUGAACAUUGUUAUUGUUAUCAAGCUGUUCUGCAACAGCAAAUUUGGUAAUUUAAAGAACCAGGGUUUUCAUCGUAAUAGACAGAGGAUGACGCUGACCCUGACGUUGAUGACCGCUCUUUAUGCAGUGUCCAUGGUCACGGCUACACUUCUCAUAUUCAUCACCAAAAAUUUGCCCAUCUCACCUACCUUACAGGAUUCAAAUAAUCAAAAUUUCCCGACGUUAAAGUCAUAA